GGGUGUGUAUGUAUUUCAGCACCUCCUCAGGACACACAUUGAUCUGUCUCUCAGUAAUUCUCUCUUUGGCAGAUGCACGUCUGUGUGGAAUUAGCACAGGAUUAAAGACUAUCCUCCUCUCUUCUCAGCACUCUCUCUGGCACCACGAGUCCAAAGAGUCCAUUCUGAACACAAUGGGGAGAAAACAGGCAAGUGACGUGUCUCACAUGCCAAGUGAAGAGACUGGGGUGUGAUGGUCUGGAGAAGACUUUGACGGUGAAAUUUUUACAUCUGCUAUAUUUACAGAAGACAUGUCAAUCACCAAACCUAAAAAGAAAAAGUCUAAGAAGGAAAUCAAUGGAGUGAAAGAACCACACGAGGAGACAGAGCCUACUGCUGAAAUGGAAGAGCUAGCGAGCUGUAAUCUAUCAGAAAACAAGGAUGCUCUUUCCCCUGAGCCUCAGGACAAUCCACCUCAAAAGAAGAAGAAGAGAAGGAAGAUGGCACAUAUCCUUGAUAUGGAAAGUGAGCAGCAAGGCCUUGUGAAUGGAGACACACAAACGUCACCCACAGUUAGAGACGACGUUAAUAGGAAAUCUAGAAGGAAGAGGAAGUCUAAGAUAACAGAAAAUCAGCAUAAUAACAGUGUAGAAGUGGAAUGCAUGGAUGUUGUCACUGACGCACAUACUCCUACCUCUCAUCGUUCUCUGUUUUCUGCUCCUCUGGGUCACAGCCAGUCUCUCAGCAAAGUGUUUGUUGAGAGAAGCCGUCGGUUUCAUGGACCAGAUCGGCUGGACCUGGGCCAAGAGCAAGUGGAAGAGUUCAUGGAGGUUAGAUCCAUGUGGAACACACGAGAUGUUGCCUUAAGGGUUCACAGUGGCUUCAGGAUCAUUGGCCUCUUCUGUCAUGGAUUUCUGGCUGGCUAUGCUGUAUGGAACAUCAUUGUUAUCUAUGCGCUGGCUGGAGAGCAACUGAAAACACUGUCAAACCUGUUACAGCAGUACCACAGCUUAGCAUACCCUGCCCAGUCUCUACUGUACUUUCUGCUGGCUAUUAGCUCAGUGUCUGCCUUCGACAGGGUGAAUCUAGCCAAGGCAUCUAUGGCUCUGAGAGGGUUCCUCAUGCUCGACCCAGCAGCCCUUGCAUCAUUCAUGUACUUUGCAGCCCUUAUUUUGUCUCUGAGUCAGCAGAUGACUAGCGACCGCAUCAACCAGUACCCCAUAGAUAAUGAGUCACUAUGGCCUUCAGGCUUUGAACACCAGAUUCUGCAACCCUGGAUUGUUGUAAAUCUGGUUGUAGCUUUACUGGUUGGCCUGGCCUGGUUUUUCAUCUCCACCAGACCUGAUAUGGACUACACAGAAGAAUUCUUAAUAUCAAUGGAGUUAGAUGACUAUCUACAAUACAAGGAGAAAUCAGAAAUUCCCUCCUGAAAAUCUCAGACAACUGGCAUCAGUGUUUCUGAAGCAUGUCAUAUUGUGGCAUAGACAAGGAAUAUAUUUGACAAUGAAGAAUUGUAACAAACAAACAAACAAAUAAAUAAAACUAUUUUGUUUAAAAACAGACACACUGACAGGUAAAACUGGGAAAACCACCAGUUGACUCCAGGAGUGAUAUUUUAAAAGCUUUCAAAUCAGGCUGAAUAAAAUAUGAAAAAGUGACAACAAAA